UUUUAUUUUUGUAGCUUCUCUUCUAUCUAAAAAGAAUGGAACCUAACGAAAGGCACCACCACCACCACCACCAAGACCAACAACAACACCAUCUCACUUCUUCUUACUACAAUCCUUUCCACCACCACAAUCCCACCACCGUCUCCGCCGCACCACCCACCACUACUUCCGCCGGAAACUCGAUUCCUUCCUCUAACAAUGGUAAUCUGCAAUUACCUAAUGAUGGGUCUUCUUCUUCUCUCUUCUCGGUUCCGUCUUCUGCUGUGAAUGUUUCGAUUGAUCCGGUUAAGAGAAAGAGAGGUAGACCUAGGAAGUAUGAUACUCCAGCUCAAGCUUUAGCGGCUAAGAAAUUGGCUUCUUCUGCGAGUAAUUCUUCUGCUAGAGAAAGGAGAGAACAAGCCGCCGCUGCUGCUGCCGCCGGUGUUUCGCCGCCGGUUUUUAAAUCCGGUUCAAAGAAAUCACUUUUGGGUUCCGUCGGGAAAACUGGGCAAAGUUUUACUCCACACAUUGUUAAUAUAACUCCUGGUGAGGAUGUGGCGCAGAAAAUUGUCCUUUUCGCUCAGCAAAGCAAGCAUGAGUUGUGCAUUCUUUCUGCAUCUGGCUCCAUCUCUAAUGCAUCCUUGUCUCACUUGGCAUCAGGAACCAGUGUAUCUUAUGAGGGUCAGUAUGAAAUUAUCUCACUGAGUGGAUCUUAUAUUCGGGGCGAGCACGGUGGUAAAACUGGUGGCCUUAGCGUUUGUUUAUCUAGUUCAGAUGGUCAGAUAUUUGGUGGAGGAGUUGGGGGACUCCUAAAGGCUGCUGGUCCAGUUCAGGUGGUUCUUGGCACGUUUCAGCUAGAGAAAAGGAAGGAUGGAAGAAAUGGUGUGAAAGGAGAUGAUGCUUCGGGAAGUGGAAACAUGUUACCUUCUCCUUCUGGCACAGAAUCUUUGCUUGGUUACCAUCCUGAUAUGGAAAAUCCAAACGAUGAGCAUCACACUAUUACUAGUAGUGCAUUGGGUGGUGGAGCUCAUUUCAUGAUGCAACCACCUCAGGGCUUGCACAUGACACAUGCCCGACCUUCUGAAUGGGGCGGUACUGGGUAUGAUUUGUCAGUGCAGGACUGAGAGGAAAUGGGUCAUCAGAAAACGGAGAUUAUGAGUAAAUGGCACAGAUUAGUUACGGAUUCAAAGAGACGUGUGUAGGGUUUUAGAUUGAAACUGAGAUGAGCAUGAAUCAAGGUGAGAGUGGACUUAUCAUCAUUAUAAUGUCUGAAGGAAUUUUUCAUUGCAAAGGCAGAGAAAGAGAGGUAGAGAAGACAGUGAUGCUUUUGUUCUUGGUUCAGUGUAAAAUUAUAAUAACUGCACUCCCUUUUCUGGAUUCUGUUUCAUUUCAUCCUUUUUUGUUCUUUUUUUUUUCUUACAAUCAGUUUUUUUUUUUUGUUUCUUAAAGGAAUUGCAAACUUUAGAAAUAUAGAAUUUGUUCAAUAAGCGGCUUUUAAGUUAUACUUUAAUGCAAUGUUGAAAAAGAUCAAAA